AUGCCCACUCUGGUUGUGCAAUACCCGACUGGACACAAGGCAAGCAUCGAUGUGCCUCUAAAUAAACCGCUAAUCAAGGCACUAGAAAUCGCAUGUGCACGACGUUCUUUGGAUCCUUCAAAACACAUUUUUAUUCACAAUCGUCGCCCGGUUGACCUCACUGUCACUUUUCGCUACUCCGGGCUCGUGAACAAUGCAGCAGUUGACCUCAUUUUAGAUGAAGACAAACGCACCACGCAAACCGAUUUGGCUGCGGAAAUACGGCUGUGUUUCCGGCUGGACAGCGGCCAGCGUGUCUUGUGGUCCGGCAGACCUUCCUUACCCCUCUGGUCCAUCUUGACGGAACUGGCCUCGAAUUCUGCGGAAAUAAAGAACUUGAUAUCCGAAGAAGGCAAGGAGGCGGUGGGUCCGCUCGGUGUUAUCUUUCUUCAGGAGCAAAUAAUCGGAAGGAUGAAUUUAGAGGCUACGAAUCCAGCUGAACUGGGUAUUUUGCGUGGUUCAGCGUUGCUCCAACUUCAACAAUUUCCACCUGGUCAUCCGAUACCUUCAACUCCCGCCGCACCCAUUUCUGGGGUGGCGAAAACAACAGAACCUUUUGAAACGCACUCAGACGGAGGUGACGUUAUCAACCCAACCGAGAUUGCUUUGGAGACUCUACCACCUGACUCGAAUGACCAGGAUUGUAUGGAGCAUGUGACUGUGCCCUUUCGCAAGCCAGAAGGGACGUCGGAUGUACACUUUGAGACGGAAUUUGUCUCGCCUUAUAGCGUUUUUGCCGAACGACCAACACAGUCGGUCUUCGGGCAGCCGGAGGGAUGUGACGUGGAUCAUCAGACACAAAAAGAGCCUGAAACACUUGGUGAUCUUCUGGGCAUUAGCCUGGAACCUGGAAUGGAAUCUAUGGGUGCAGCGUCACAGAGUGAAUCCAAUGUUCAGUUUGACCAGUUCAAGCCGGUUAUAGAACGAGCUGCGUCUCUGAUUCAACUGUAUGUUUUGAUGUUCGAAUUACUGGACUUAUCACGUUCCGAUAUCGGGCAAGCUUGUCUGAGUCAUUCCCGUUUGCAAUACUUUUUCAGUUCUGACGACGAUAUGUAUUCUGUCAACCUGAAUGUUGACCGUGAAUGCAUCGCAUUUCGACUUGCCCCCAUCACUCAGACAACUUCUACCGAGGAUGUUCCGGAUGAAUUUUUUGAACUCACCGAGGCUGACUUGCGAAACAUUCUACAGGCCUACCGGAACGAAUGGGCAUCCAACCAACCACUGCAAACCGCAGCCAUGCGGAAGUCUGCUCGGGAACAGCUUUAUCGCAAAUAUCCACGCGCAAUUAUUCAGUUCCACUGGUCCGACGGAGUUGUGCUACAAGCUUGCUUCCAUCCUCGGGAACAUGUCUCAGAACUCUACCACUUCAUACAAGAGAACAUGCGGUAUCCUCAAACGGAACUACAGUUGUACACCACUCCUCCGAAAACUUUCCUCAAGAACAAGGACGAAACUCUUAUUGAGGCGAAUUUGGUACCUAUGACCAAGGUCUAUAUAUCGCCGCAGUCCCUCAAGGCUGAAGAAGCUCGACCCACUUUUCUUUAUCAAGCUGUGCCACCUCCACUCGUUGCAUGUACCUUGACGAUUCCUAAAUUUAAACUCUGCUGCAGGAUGCAACCUCUGACGUCACAGUCCGCCACACAGUCACAAACUGGUAGUACGACAUCCACUCGCGCGCCCGUCACCAGCAAUGCCAACUCCGAGACCUGUUCACUUCAACCGAAGUGGCUCAAACUUGGCACAGCCAACCGCUCAGCUCUUGACGACUCCCCAGUUCCGGUGGAUUGA